CUCUGUGUGUCUCUCAUCCUGCACACAGAUGCGCAGUACUGUGACCGGCUGCAUAAACUCAUCACAACCAUCUGUGUACAAGAGACCAACAUGGAAAGAGCUUCAUUCUAAGAGUUUGUCCCAGAAGGAAACCUUUGAGUCAGAGACGAGCGUCCUGCCAACAUGUUCAGCACCAAAAGACUCAAGAAGAAGUCCCAGUCGGUGGAUAUCGGCUCUCAAAGUUUUCCGGCGCGACUCAUCCCGAGUCUGUCCUUAAACAGAUCUUCACCCCCUGUUGCCAAGACAACCACAUCAGAGGUGCAAGAAAACAACACCACCAAUUCCCAGUGCCGUGGUCCUCGGUGCAGCGAUCUGAAACGAGGAUACACAAUAGAUACCGGCCAGAAGAAGACGCCAGAGAAGAAGGAUGGAAGGCGAAUGUCAUUCCAGAGACCGAAGGGCACCAUCCAGUAUUCCGUGGAGUUGCGGGACACUCUGAACAGUAUUUCGCUGAAGUUUGACACAACUCCCAAUGAACUUGUUCAGCUCAACAAACUCUUCUCCAGAAAUGUGGUCCCCGGUCAGGUUCUGUAUGUGCCUGAUCCGGAGUACGUGUCUAGUGCGGGGAGCUCUCCCUCCUUCAGUCCCAGCAGCCCACUCUCUCCCACCUCCUCAGAAGCUGACCUGGAGAAAGUGAGCAGGGACUCCAAUGGUCCACCUCGCUCUGAUGCUCCUGUCCCUCCCGUCUUCUCUGCCCUGCGGCCCUCCCGUGUGGUUUCCUCCACCUCGGAGGAAGAAGAGUUACUGACAGAGAAGUUCCUCAAAAUCAAUUGCAAGUACAUCACAGAUGGCAAGGGUGUUGUUAGCGGGGUGUUGCUGGUGACGCCCAACAACAUCAUGUUUGACCCUCACCGGACGGACCCUCUGGUUCUGGAGAGAGGCUGUGAGGAGUAUGGCAUCAUGUGUCCACUGGAUGAGGUUCAGUCUGCUGCCGUUUACAGAGAGAUCACUGACAGCAAGAUCCGUGACUCCAUACCACCGGACUUUGAAGCCGUGUUCUCUGGAAGCUCUCUUCUGCGGGAGGGUUAUGACAGCGCCAGCACUGCCCCCCGCAGCACUGAGGGCUCCAUCUCUGAGGACGUCUUCACAGAGUCAGAGCUCUCACCCAUCCGGGAGGAGCGGCAGUCCACAGAGGAGCUACAGCAGGAGGACAAGUCAUCAGGAGCCUCGUCCCAAUCCAUGCAGACCCUCCUCCAGGAACCUCAGACGGCUGAGGACAGCCAUACAGAGGAGGAGGAGGAAAAGCCAGAGGAGGGAGAACCAGCCAGCGAAACUGCCCAGCUCAAACAACCCAGCCAGGAAGAGCCAAGCACACCCACCAGCAGGGACAACCAGCAACCACCCCACUGCCAGACCGAAGAAGUUCUCAAGUCCUCAGGUUCUCAAAGCUUGGCCCCUGGAUCAAGGGAGACCUCGGGAGGGGAAAGCAGCCCCGAUGGGGCUAAGCUGACCAGAGAUGGUACUCGAGAUUCAGAGACGGACAUAGAGGAACUAAGAAAGAUGUGGAAGAGUCACACUAUGCAACAAGCAAAGGAACAGCGAGAGAGUGUCCAGCAGGCCCAAAGAGAGAACGAACAACAGUCUAAGAGCAGCCAGAGACUGAGCUCUGCUGAGGGCAUCAUGGUGUCCAAGGAGAGGCAGAAGUCUCACAAGUUUCUGUGUCUGCGGGUUGGCAAUGCCAUGAAGAAGACGUUUGUGUCCAAUGCCAGUGCCUCCAUGCAGCAAUAUGCACAGCGUGACCGGAAGCAUGAGUACUGGUUUGCCGUUCCCCAAGAGAGGUCAGACCACCUGUACGUUUUCUUCAUCCAGUGGAGCCCAGAUGUAUUUGGGGAUGGGCUAGGAAGCAUCAGCCGUGAUCCUGGUUUCAUCGUGGUGAAGAAAAUCGAGGAGUCAGAGGCAAAUGAGGAGCAGCAGACUGUAGAAAAUUCAGAUAAAGAGUGGGAGGUAGUGUCAUGGACUGAGUACCACCGCCGGAUCGAUGCGUUAAACAGUGAAGAUCUGCGCUCCCUAUGCAAACGCCUUCAGAUCACCACGAAGGAGGAUGUAAACUCCAAACAUGGCACGUCCAUCACCGCCAGCCUGGAGCCAGAGACUUUUAAGCCCAACCUGAACGAACCCAGUGACCUUUUGGAGGCCGAGCAGAUUGAGAAGCUGGCAAAACAUCUCCCACCCAGAACCAUCGGUUACCACUGGAAUCUGGCCUUCAGCACAUCGAAGCAUGGCAUGAGCAUUAAGACGCUGUACCGAGCCAUGCAGGAUCAGGAUUCACCCAUGCUGCUGGUCAUCAAAGACAGUGAUGGACAGAUAUUUGGGGCUUUGGCAUCAGAACCGUUCAAAGUCAGUGAGGGUUUCUAUGGCACAGGAGAGACUUUCCUGUUCACCUUUUAUCCACAGUUUGAGGCACACAAAUGGACUGGGGAUAAUCUGUUCUUCAUUAAAGGUGACAUGGACUCUUUAGCCUUUGGAGGAGGAAGUGGUGAGUUUGGGCUUUGGCUGGACGAGGAUCUUUAUCACGGCAGGAGUCAUUCAUGCAAAACCUUCGGGAAUCCCAUGCUCUCCACGAAGGAGGAUUUCAUCGUGCAGGAUAUUGAGAUCUGGUCGUUUGAGUAGCAGCUCACAUGGAGGUACCUUUUGUUGAGAGAGUAACUGGCCACCAGGCAGAUCCCAAACCUUACUGCACAUCACCGCGGCUCCCAGGAAGCCCGUAACGGAUGCUACUGUUACCGCGCUUGUCGUAUGUUACUCCUGCAUUUAAUACAGAGCUCUUCUUUGUGCUGUUUAGUAUGUGUGUGUUUUGUUCAAGCCGUGUGCAGUGUCAAUAACCAUCGGGACCCCCCGAGCACUUUUAACAUCAAAUGGAGAUGAGGAUGAUGAUGGUGGAGGAGGCAGCAUGGGGUUUGGGCUACCCGAGAACUGCCAUAGUCCAAUUUAGCUGAGCCAAAGCGCCAGGAGUCUGUUGAAGAGAUGGUGUUAGCCGAUAGCACGUCACUACUAUUGAUGGGGGGAAGACUCAACUACAGAAAAAGAAAUGCACACACAUUCCCUUGCUCUCAGAGGAAGAACAUGCAUUUUUGGGACAUCGACAGAUGGCGGUGGCAUCCAUGAGAACACAUUCGUAGUUUCUUUUGAGGCGAAAUAUUCAAGUGUUGUGAAAUUUGUAGUUUUUUCUGUCGUUCACUAUCAUAGCACACCAUGUCGAAGCACAUGAUCGGAAACCCCAUAGUCGUAAUGUUCUGUUCGGUGGGUUUUACGUGUGAGUGUGGCUAACGUCAACCCCUCCACUUCUGACGGGGCGACUUUUACUGUUCUUAUGUGUCGCAAUAGGUUUGUGGAAUAUGCAAAUUCUUGUCCUGUGACCUCAAAUAAUCCAGACGGGGUACCUUUGUUUUCCCUGUUUCUCUUUCCAAGAGACCCUUUACGUCUUGUCAGAUUACUUGCUUUUCUGGCUAUCAUUUGAAAAGCCUGAGACGUGGUUUAAUUGUUUUUCAUGAAUAUAAUGACAAUUCUAUAUUUAUGUAUAUGAUUAUAUAUAUA